AAAAAUGAUGCUAGAAUAAAAGAACUCGAGGCGAUUUUGCAUGGGCAUUUUGUACUGCCAUCAGGGCUGCACAGUGAUAUGUACACACAAUGCGCUAAGAUUUUUGAGAAUCCAAGGAGAGCAAUGAAAGUGUGUGAGCUACUAGCAAAUAAAAAAAAAAGAGCUAAAACUCCACAGAUUUAAUUAAUACUCUCUUCUGCAAUUGCUGGAAUAAUUGUCGGCUAUAAAAUUGGCAGGCAACUUGGAAUGAAAACAGUGUUACGUGAGCGUGUUAAUGGUAAGUUUGAACUGCGCCGUGAUUGUGAUUUGAGAUUAAAUAAGGUGAGAGAGAAAAUAUUACUAGCUGAAGAUGUGAUAAACACGGACAAAUCUUCACUUCAAGCUGUGAAAUAUGCACAAGAUAUGGGGGGUAAAAUUGUUGCUGAAGCUUCCCCAAUAAAGUGAAAUAGUGAAACAAAAUUACCUUUUUCUACUAUAUCUUUACUUGAGCUCAGCAUUAAAAAUUACAGCGAAGCA